GUAUAUGCAUUGGAGUUAGGUAUGAAGGUCAAUUGCAAUAAUAAAGCAGAAUAGAAAGAAAUUGAGAUUUUAGACUUCUUGUUGUGACAGUAGUGGGUGGUUCCAACUUGUUUGGUGGUGGUAUCUUUAAGUUUGAACCACAUUAAUUCUGGUCUGAUCGACAUCUAUUUCCGCAAUUCUACUGUUACGUACUUGUUUCCAUCAUGUUACCAACCAAUGAUAUGAACCUUGUUGAAGAGUAGUUGGAGAUCAGCAGUUGGGACUUGGUUGGUGUAGAAUGGUAGGCUUUUGUAUGCUGUCCUGCUUGUAUCCUUGGCUUUAUAAGUUCUCUCAGUGCAGCCUUAACUGCAGUAUAACAAUUCCAUUGUCUUUGCUCCUUGUUUGCCUUCUUUCUUUGUGGUUUGUUGUGGUAGGAGAUCAUGAUGGGACCUGGUGGACCAGGCGGACCUCCUGGCGGACCAGGCGGACCUGGCGGACCUCCUGGCGGUCCAGGCGGACCUGGUGGCCCUGGUCCUGGCUGGCUUCCUCUGCCUGGGGGUCCUCCAGGUUGGGGUCCGGGCCCUGGAGGCCCUGGACCUGGAGGACCUUUCUGGGGACCUGGCCCUGGACCUGGAGGAGGCUUCUGGGGACCUGGAGGAGGCUUCUGGGGACCUGGAGGAGGCUUUGGUGGUUUCUUAGGCUCAUGCUUUUACUUCCUUUGCUGUUGUUGCUUGCUGCAAGAGUGCUGUGGGCCGUUCUUUGGUGGGCCUCCAGGCCCCCCCGGGCCCCCCGGGGGCCCUGGACCACCUGGACCGCCCUUUUGAAUAAGCAGUCGACAAGAUGGAAGGGGGAUCACAUACAAACAAUAAUUAGAUGGAGAACAAUGAUCUUCUUAGAGCUAUGCUGUGUUCUUUUUCCUUUUUGGGUCGCUGCCUUUUUUUUUUGUUUGGUAUUUCUCAUCCUGGAAUGCUUGCUGUGGUGUCUACUACCAUUGAGAUUGUCUAAUGUCACAUUAUUAAAGAAACUCCAAACCUUCCAUUCGGAAAGUGUUUGUUUUUUUCACAACAAUAUGGGAAGGUUAAAACAUUUGACAUCCUAAUUUGUUGGUAGUUCUGCAAGUUAUGCUUUAUGGUUCAAGUUUUAUUUGUUUGAGUUUGCACAAGAGUCAAAAAUAAAUUCCUUACAUUUUUUUGCA